AUGUCAUUCAAACCUACUUUGAAUUGGAGACUUGUGUUUUUGGUAUCCAUUGGAUUGAGGUUUCUUUUCGCUCUCUCCAACUCUUAUAUUCAUCCGGACGAACAUUUUCAAAGCUUUGAAGUUGUUGCUGGCAAAAUAUUGAAUUAUUCAGUUAGCCAACCAUGGGAAUUUAGUAGUGAAAGUCCAGCUAGAAGCUGGGGAAUUCUCUACUUAUUCUAUGCUCCGGUGAUGUACUUAAUUAAGGUUACUGGCUUACAGGCCCAUUUAAAUCCUAUACAUAUAUGGUAUUUGGUAAGGUUGCAAAAUAUGGUUACUGGGUGGUUGAUUACUGACUUUUGUUUAUAUAAAAUGUUGCCAACUAAACAAGAACGAAUUAAAGCCAUUUUUUUUACUCUGACCUCUUACGUAACUUUGGCUUUGCAAUCUCAUGGAUUUUCCAAUAGUAUAGAAACUGUUUUGGUUUUGGUUUCCAUAUACAUCAUUGAUGACUUAAGAUUCACUUUAGAAGAGCUGAAGAAAAAUUCUCAAGUACUAGUUUCAAACAAUUUUACCAAGUUGCUUCUCUUAGGUAUAGUGAUAUCACUUGGGGUGUUCAAUAGAGUAACUUUUCCAGUAUUCCUAGCCUUACCAAGUUGGUUUUUACUUAAAUACUCUUGGGUUAAAAAAUUAUCACUUUUCAUAAUUGCCUUUGGUUUUGUCUUGACCUCCAUCUUAUUGGUCCUAGUUGAUACCAUUGAAUUUGGCUCUGCAUCUUUCGAUGCUAUUCUAGAGAAUCCCCUUAACAUUGAGAAUUACGUUUUAACUCCAUUGAAUAAUUUCAUCUACAACUCUAACAUGGAAAAUUUGAGCCAACAUGGUGUACAUCUGUACUUUAAUCAUUUCUUGAUUAAUAUACCCCAAAUCUUUGGCCCUGCGGGAUUAAUAUUCUUAUUUCCAGGUUUCAAAAAUAGGUAUUGGAGAACCACUCCAUUCUUGAGUGCUUUGGGUGGAAUUACUAUCUUAUCUGUUGUUCCCCAUCAAGAAUUGAGAUUUUUAACUCCAGUAGUUCCAUUAUUAUGUUCAUGUUUUGAUAUUUCUGCAUUUUCAUCGCCCGAAGCCAACGAAGAGCCUCAAGAAAAGAAGAAGAAACUCUCACCAUCUUAUGGUCCGGUAAUAUUAAAUAUAUGGUAUUUGUUCAAUGCUACACUUUUAAUUUUGAUGGGUAUCCUCCAUCAAGGUGGUGUUAUACCAGCCUUGGAUUAUUUCCAUGAGACUUAUUAUAAAUCAAACGAUCAACAAUCUGGUGUAAUUCAAAUAUGGUGGAGAACCUACUCUCCUCCUAGUUGGAUUUUGGGGGAUGUGAAUAAAUCCACUCAAUUUAUUAGUAUCAAUGAUGAUUCUUUCGAAUACAACAUUGAUCGUAGUAAAUCAAAUGUUUUAUUCGAUACUAUGGGUCUUGAAUUUGAUAAAUUGAACGAACUAAUUAAGGAUGUAUCUCAGUCCAAUUCUAAUAUAUUCAAUAAUUUGUUGAAUGGUUUCAAAUCCAAAUCACAACCCAAAAUCUAUUUAAUAACACCAAUUAGUUCAUUUAAUAUGAUUUUUGAAGAUAAAGAAGAGAUUCCUUAUAAGUUCCAACAAGUUUGGAAUUAUGAUUAUCAUCUUGACUUAGAUCACUUCGACUUCGACAACAUAGAAUCCUUCAGAUCCGGUUUAGGUAUAUACGAGCUCAUUUAA